AGACAAAAACGCGAAUUUUCCCAGUGCUUAUUAGCUCUCCUGAGGUGAUCACACUUAAGCAGGUCUCGAAGAGAAGCUCAUUGACAACCAAUAAUGGUUUUAGUUGCUCACCGAUCGUAGAGGCGGCCACACGAUGAAAAGUGCGUUCUCUGGCAAGCUUGUUCUGCUGGAAGCAAUCUUGCUGAUCCUAUCAGUCGAUUGGAUAAGUUCUCAGGAUCCGGAUAUCGUAAGAACCUGUACAAAGUAUAAGAAGAGCGUUUGGGAGGAGACAUCUGAGUUCGGUUUCCUGAUGGAGGGGUCUCCCUCUAUCUUCAAGACCUCGGACAAAUGCACGAGCUAUGCACCGCUUAUAAUCGGAGGAGGCCCCGCUCUGCCCAAGGAGUUUCCGCACGCCGCCCGCCUGGGACACCGAAGCGAUGAUGAUAAUGGCCAGCUGGAAUGGUUUUGUGGCGGAACACUUAUCAGCAACCGGCAUGUGCUAACUGCAGCGCACUGUCACUUCUCGACUGUAGGUUCAGUGAAUAUCGUUCGCCUUGGGGAUCUGGAGUUCGACACCAACACUGACGAUGCCGAUCCGGAGGACUUUGAGGUCAAGGACCACACACUACACCCCGACUAUAGCUACCCGGCUCUUUACAACGACAUCUCCGUGGUGCGGUUGAGCAGAGCGGUAACCUUCAACGAGUACAAGCAUCCUGCGUGCCUUCCCUUUGUCGACGGCCGUUCUGUGUCCUCCUUCAUCGCCAUCGGCUGGGGUCAAUUGGAGAUCGUGCCUCGAACCGAGAACAAGAAGCUGCAGAAAGUGAAGCUCGACAAUUACAACACGCGGUGCACGAUCACGACGGAAAAGAACGAGGAGCUUCCCGAGGGCUAUAACCACACCACCCAACUUUGCAUUGGAUCCACCAAGCACAAGGACACCUGCAACGGCGACUCCGGCGGACCGGUGCUGAUCUACCACAAUGCCUACCCCUGCAUGUACCAUGUAAUGGGUAUCACAUCCGUUGGACUGUCCUGCGACACCCCUGAUCUGCCCGCCAUGUACACAAGGGUACACUUCUAUCUGGACUGGAUUAAGCGGCAGCUGGCCAAAAUUUAGUAAAUCAGAACCAUAGAAGAAAAGCCAUGACAAAAUUAAACAAGUGCCAAUAUUGUAGGUAAAGUAUUCAACGAGGUUUGUUAUUUAACAAUUUGUUAGAACCAUUUUUUAAAUUGGAAAAUUUGAAAAAUUGGAUGUAAUAAAAAAUAAUACAAAAUUAUGAUGAUGUUUGCCUUAAAAGAAAGUGAAUUUGUUGAUAAGUAAGCGAGGUCUAGCAUUUUUGAAAUAGUCCCAAAAUGGCUUUGUCUCAACUUUAUUUCUCUAUUAA